AUGGGCAGCGCGUUUAUCAAAUUCUCUUGCUCCAAAGUCUCUGAUUCUAAUGUCCACGAUCAUUCCAAGUACAAAACCAAGCGACAGAAAAAAGAGUUGAAAACCUUUAAGUCAUCAUCUACACCUUCAAAUUUAUCCUUCAAGAACGCAUACGAAGAAAGCAAUUUAAAUUCUUCGACACCGGUCUUAAUGAACUUAUGCCCUUCUGCCCCUACUCUGAACGACACUUCUAACGCAGAGGACGUAAGCAAUGAAUCUACGAAUGCAUCUCCUCGAAGAGGAAACAAAGUAGUUCCACUCUCGGCCGCUUAUUCAGAACAACAACAACAGCCAGAGUCUUCACCAUUAAUUCCAACCUCGUUUUCGUUCAGGUCUCCGUCUUUCACAUCAAACUUCAAGUUCAAAAAGAAGGCCGCAAGCUUUUUUGAAAUGAAAAAAAGUGAGGAUUUAGUAUCACCUACUGUAAAUAAUGAUCCCGUGAACACUAGUAGUAUUUCAAAAUAUGACGAUUCUUCGUACUUUGACAAUUAUCACACAUUGCCUCCUAUUCCUAUUGACGAGGCAGUUUUGCAAAAAGUAAUGACUCGAAAUCGUUCAGCAGGAAAUGUUUUACGAGAAAGCUUGGAGGUAUUUAGGUUUGGGGCUGCACAGCAAAAUUACAACGAAAAUGAAGAUAUACCGAUGGAUGAUGAUGAAAUUAAGUCAGUGGAAACAGUGUCCACGACCUCAAGUAGUACUGUGGAGGUGGAGAUUUUUAACCAUUCAGGCCCAAAAGCAGGGCUUAUGAAAACCAAAUCAUCAUACAGGCUCGAGAGAACAGGAUCAGGAGUUAAGAAGCCACAACUGUCUUCAUUUCACAGAUUCAAUACAAUUUCCGACAUCCAUAGAGCCCUUGUUGAAGAACAUCAAAAGAAAGCCCUUUCCAAACACUCUUCAAUUGCUUCCAUUAGGUCAAAAUACAGCCCAAUGAAGCGAGAUUCUCUAGACUCUCAAGUUACAACAUCUUCUGGAACAGGAACCAGUGGGUCUGGGUCGGUAAGAAGUCCAACUCCUCGUGUAGGAAGAAACAUGAAAAUUGAAGCAAAAGUUACAGGUACAGAAGCUCUGUUAUGCCCAAUACCUGAAGAACGACAUUUAGUGGCGAGUAUGAGCCUUAAUAACUUGUUUUCCAACAAAAUGCCAUCAUCAACUCGAAUUUUAGAUCCUGUUUCUUCGAACGGGGGUAAAGAGAGAAGGUUAACUCGAAAUUUUUCCUCUAAUCAAAUCAUAACAUCGAGUUUGUUAACGCAAGAAAAACAACUUUUAUCACAAAGUAGUCAGGAUUUGUUACGAGAUUUAAAAAAGCCAUCAAUACCCAAGACGUUGCAAAAAACGUCAAGUUUUAGAAGUACCACAUCCAAUACAAGCACUGUAUCCAAAGAAGAAAUUUUAAACAGAGUUUUCAAUACUGCUCCUUCUAGACCUACCCUUCCUCCAAUUAAACGUAAAAAGAAAGAAUCAAGAUUAAUUAUUGAUCCAAAAACAGGCUCAAUCAAAUAUACGGAUGAAGAAGAUGUCACAAGUGAAAAAAGUUCAUCAUCAACUACCAGAAGUGAUUUUUCAAGUCUAGAUGAAACUAAAACAAAUUUAGGGAACUCAGACAUUAUGAUCAAUAUACAAGAGCCUAAAGAAGCGCCUGAAGUUGUGCCUAAAUCAGCACCUAAAGUUACUCUAAGACAGCUGAAACUGCAAAAAAUUCAAAAAUUGAAGGAACAAAAGGAAACAGAAGAAAUGUUAAUUGCUUAUAUCAUGGAUGACAAAUAUUCAGAGGCAGAAAUCAACAAUUAUCUCCUUUCAAUUGGUUCCCACGAAUUCAUGGACAUUUUCUAA